AUGUCAAUUCUCUGUUUGACAGGUCAUCCUGGAAAAGUUAGUAUUAUGGCUACGGCUACUUCGCCAUUUGCGUCUACGAAAGAAACUACCAACUAUGCAAGGCUAUGCCGCCUCCUGGUGGAUGUUGGAUCUCAGGUGCUUCGGUCCACUUUUGACAAAAUACAUCCACCAGCGACUCUACAUACAGUUUUGGGAAGUACCUCAGUGCAUUACGCCAAAUUGCACUCACUAUACAGAGGGAGGAAGAAAGUGCUGAAUCCCACGCAAUGGGGAAAGUUGUACCCCACUCACGCACCCGUGUCUUCUGCAGCCUUCGAUAUCACACUUCUAACGGUGCUUCUUAGAAAUAUCUGUGGUUUGGGCCCUCCUGCCAAUGGAUGGGAUCGUCUUCCCCUAGCUGCAAACAUAGGCAUCGCAGAUGACAUCGCCAGAGUUAAAUAUUACAGGAACACUGUAUACAGCCAUGCUUCUCAAGCCUCUGUGGAUGACAGAAGUUUCAGUGCUUACUGGCAGGAGAUACGAGAAGCUUUGGUGAGACUGGGAGGAGCUCAUUUUAGAGCUGAAAUCGAUUAUCUCGAGCACGACUGCAUGGAUCCAGAUAUCGAGGAGCAUUAUCGUGAACUGAUGAAACAAUGGAAAAAAGACGACGACAGCAUCAAAGACAAGCUUGAAGAAAUUGAAGGUACGAAAAACAUUGUCCGAUGCCAAUGUGAAUGAAUCAGAAGGCUACAAAAGUAGAUAUUCUAGUUAACACGGCGGUGUAGGCUAGCUCAUUAUGUUUUCAUUUUGGUCGGAACUACUCUCAUAUUUGGAAGGUUACUAGCGUUAUGUGUGGAAUAUGAUGAAAUUACCCAAAUGUUAACAUUUGGCUACUCGUGUACAACUUCUGGAGUGCAUUUUUGUGAUUUCUGGGCGUCUAAUUAAGUUUUAUCUAUUCUGAAUAGACUAGAUAUUGAUAUACGAAUCAUUGUUUUAUCUGCACCUAAACGUGAGGCUGUGAUAUAAAUAUGCUCAUGAAACUGCGCAUACCUUUCGAAAUUUUCAGGUUCGCUGGAAAACAUGAGAAGCAUUAUGGAGAGAAACUUCAGAGACACAAAUGACAAGAUAGAGAUUGAAAUGAAAGAGAUGAAAGAAAAACUUAGUAGUCUGACGGCCUCAGUUGAAAAUCGCACACAAGAAGGUUAGUUGGUAGAAAGAGAUAUCACAGAAAAAAAUUAUUAAGAGCGACACAGCUCUUGUGCAUGGCGACAGUAAUAGCUGGAUGUCGGCCAACACAGCAUAUUUUAGUACUUUAGCGAUCUAAGAGAAUACCCUGGCCACCACUCACACUGACCAUGCAUGGAGAUACUAUGUAAUAUGUGGGAUGCUACGGAAAGUAAGAUAUUGUGCCCCGGCUAUCUCUCGGAUUUGAUGGUGUUUUGGCAGCACUCAUACAUAUGUAUGAUCGUGGGCCAGAUAUGUUAUCGUCUUUUUUUUCGUAUUACCUUCCUCAUUAUGAUCCUAACUUCCUAAUAGGGUUAGAUGUGACCCGCAUACUUCUCAAAAAAUAAUAAAAUCCGUCCUCCCGUGGAGUAUUCAAUUCUACAUGGGAAAAUAUCCGUAUAAGCCGUAUCAAGAAAAGUGGCUCAACAUUGUUAAGAUCCUAAAUGGCCAUGUUUUAACAAUGGCACAACAGCUUCGUAACACAUUAGGGAUUUGUCGAAGUUUUCGAUUAGCAUACGAGCGGGAAAUUUAAACGCCCGGAAAGACUGGAGGAAAAACAAUUUCUCCCUGGAGAGGGUGAUACUGGUAGGAUUCGUUCGGUGCAAAUAACGAUGAUGCGGGGGACGGGUAGGGGCGACGGUUGCAUAAAGGUGAACAAUAUUAAAGCAUAGAAGGCGGUUGCUUACAACUAUGAUAUCGCCACUGUUUGCUUUUAUCUUGUUUUAAGCUGGCCAAAGAUAUAUCUGACUAUUUAUCCAGAGACGCACUACGCUGGGCACUGACGAUGAGAGCAUGCAUUUAGCCAAGGAAGCGAGGCGUUGGCCAUGCAGUCAUAAACUAAGUGCUGUCCCUCUCUAUUCUGUCCGAUCAUGAUUUGCCAAACAGACAGCGAAAAGAACAUUUGAGGGGAGAGAAUAGCAGCGAGAAAGUUGGAGGGGGAAACAUUCACUUUCUCGCUCGACGAACUAUCGAAUCACGACUUUGCUGCUCUCAGAUUUAUCUUUCAUAGUAUGAGAGCAGUUCAAAUCUCGCGCGCGCUACGCAAGUCAGACUUGAUUCUUUGUGUGCAUAAUAAGUAAUGGUAAUAGGACUGAGUGGAGUCCAAUUUGGUCUGUAACCAUACGAGUAAUAACAAAAUCGGACGACCGCGCAGCGGAAGUCCGAUUUGUUUAUCGCGAGUAUGAUAGGCAAACUGUCCGAUAAAAAAUUUUGCGAUUUGGCAAAAAAAGUACGCAGAGAGAGGUUGAAAAUACAUCAACAACGUCAAAAGUACGCGAAUCUUUGAAAAUCGCAAAAAGUUUAAUUUUGAAACUCCCGCGAAAAUAGGAAACCAUUAGGUACGAGCAGUCAUUCGUGCGACAAGCACACUGGAGAGCGGAACUGCGUGAAAAUCUUGAGGUGACCACUUUCCGACCACCAUUGGUUUUUACUUUUUUCGCUCGACGGACGAUUGAAUUGCGAAUCCGCAGCUCUCAGAUUAUGUAUCUACCAAAGAAAAGAAGCAUUCAAAUACCGCGCGUGCUAAAAAAUUCUUAGUGUGCGUCUUGAGUAAAAUGAGUUAGAAUAGGAUGCAUGUGGUUAUUUUACAUUUCCUGAGGAAAAGACUGUGGGCAAAACCUCCCACUUCAUCGCAGGCGAGCCUCCGGUUUUCUGCAGCAUUUUAGACGAAACCUCGUGACAAAGCAAGCAGAAAGGCGUUGUUUGGUUUUCAUUUAUUAGUUCGUAGUCUCGUUCUAUCCCGAAAAAGCCUUGCUCAGAGUACGGCUCUGAUAGGAAUAUUUAUCUCUCGAGUAAUUUAUUUUACGAUAGAGUUUCGCUGUCAGACAUCGCUCAAGCCGAACAAACAGAGUAGGUUCAACUGAAUUCAUGAUCUAAAUGGCUUUUCAUCAGUAAGCUUGAAUCAUACACUAAAAACCUUUUUGCAUCGUCCAAGUAAUUUCUUUGGCAACGGUAUCGUACUCAUUCGCAUAUUUAAAUUCAGUGCCGAAUAACAGAGAGGGACCACAAUUUUCAACGCUGCAUUCAUUAGAUUUCUUUCUCUUUUUGCUACUGCUAGGUGUUUUUGAUCCAACUGAGCUUAUCAAUGGAAUUCGCCAGCUGUACAAGACUCGCGAGGGAUGGCUCUCACCAUUUCCAUGGUGUGAAGAGUUUCAGUUUUUUCUUGGCAAUAUUUUUACAAGGCUCAAAGUGGUCAGAAGAAAGAAAACGAGAGGAGAAAUCACUGACGUAUUUGUUGAGAUGUCGUCAAUACUAGACCCGUAUGAAGAGUGUUCAGCGCCGAGAACAGUGUUGAUUGAAGGAGAACCUGGUAUGGGAAAAACCACCUAUUGUAAAAAGUACGCCUACGAAUGGGCCACAAAACAGCAAGCACCUCAGGGCUGCGGCUCAACAGCAUUUAAAUUGGUAUUGUUGCUGAAAUGUCGAGAUAUCCACUCUGACGUUUGGGAAGCCAUUGAUGAUCAGCUGCUGCCCCUAGGCAUCGAUGAAAAAGUCAAACAACAAUUUUUUCAGUUUAUUCGUGAAAAUCAGUCCAGCAUUUUAUUAAUAUUGGAUGGAUUGGAUGAGUUACCAUCCGGGAAAUUGUCGAUGUUUUCCAAAUUAAUUGAAGGAAGAGAACUCCCCAGAUGCCACAUAGUUGCAACAGCAAGACACGAAGCUGGAAAAGAGGUGAGAAAAUGUUGUGACGCGCUGCUUCAGAUCGAAGGAUUCACUGAAAAGCAUGUGAAAGAAUUUGUCACCAAGUACUUUAAAGAAAGGACGGAUUUAGCCACCAAGCUCUCGCAACGGAUUUCGCGAGAUAAAAACCUGAGAGAAAUAGCGGCCAAUCCUCUAAACACAGCGCUUCUUUGCCUUUUAUGCGAAGAGUUUGAGGGCACACUCCCCGAAAGCAGAGCUCAACUGUACUUGGAUAUGGUUGAAUGUGUUUUGAGAAGAUAUAGAAAAAGGGAGGGACUACUAGAAACGAUCGAAGACUUGACAAAUUAUUACAAACCGCAAUUGAAUCACCUUGGAAAGGUAGCGUUGAAUGGUUUACUUGACGAUAAGUUGGAUUUUAAUGAAAGUGAAGUGAGAAACCUGACUGAAUUUGGAUUUCUGUCAGUGCAGCCUGGUGGCAGCAAACUGAGACAAACACUGUAUUAUGCCUUCUUACAUAAAAGUUUUCAAGAAUUCUUUGCAGCAUUCUUCAUUUGUUCUCAGAUUCAAAGCAAGGAAAUGAAACCUGAAGAACUAGUUUCCGAUCCAAGGUAUUUCGUUGAACUUAAACAAAUACUUUUGUUUUCAUGUGGAAUUUUGGCCAUGAAAUGCGACGAACAAGUUGUGGCUCUUGUAAAGAGUUUAACAAAUGAAGUCAACAAAAAUGAAGGCCGUGGUGCAAAAAUUGUAUUGGAGGCCAUCAACGAAUGUAAAAAAGAAAAAAGCAAUUUUCACUCGCAUUUAUCGAAGUCGUUUGGAACUGGUUUGAUUCUGACCAAUUUGGAUUUGUCUUACAAACGUCUUACAAUUAGUGAAUCGGGUGCUACAUGUAUUCCUGAGGCAAUCAAAGUGGACAAGAGGGUAACUAUUUUGCAUUUGUCUGACAAUAGUAUUACUGAGGGAAUCAUAGUGAACAAGGCGCUAACCGAUUCGGAUUUGUAUCACAAUAGUAUUAGUGAAUCGGGUGCUACAUGUAUUGCUGAGGCAAUCAAAGUGAACAAGACGCUAACCAAUUUGGAUUUGUCUCACAAUGAUAUUAGUGAAUCGGGUGCUACAUGUAUUGCUGAGGCAAUCAAAGUGAACAAGACGCUAACCAAUUUGGAUUUGUCUGACAAUGAUAUUAGUGAAUCGGGUGCUACAUGUAUUGCUGAGGCAAUCAAAGUGAACGAGACGCUAACCAAUUUGAAUUUGCGAAGGAAUGGUAUUAGUGAAUCGGGUGCUACAUGUAUUGCUGAGGCAAUCAAAGUGAACAAGACGCUAACCAAUUUGAAUUUGUCUGACAAUGAUAUAAGUGAAUCGGGUGGUACAUGUAUUGCUGAGGCACUCAAAGUGAACAAGACGCUAACCAAUUUGGAUUUGUCUGGGAAUCGUAUUAGUGAAUCGGGUGCUACAUGUAUUGCUGAGGCAAUCAAAGUGAACAAGACGCUAACCAAUUUGGAUUUGCGAAGGAAUCGUAUUAGUGCUGCGGGUGCUACAUGUAUUGCUGAGGCAAUCAAAGUGAACAAGACGCUAACCAAUUUGGAUUUGUCUCACAAUGAUAUUAGUGAAUCGGGUGCUAGAUGUAUUGCUGAGGCAAUCAAAGUGAACAAGACGCUAACCAAUUUGGAUUUGUCUCGCAAUGAUAUUAGUGAAUCGGGUGCUAGAUGUAUUGCUGAGGCAAUCAAAGUGAACAAGACGCUAACCAAUUUGGAUUUGUCUCUCAAUGGUAUUAGGGAAUCGGGUGCUACAUGUAUUGCUGAGGCAAUCAAAGUGAACAAGACGCUAACCAAUUUGUAUUUGCAAAUCAAUGGUAUUAGUGAAUCGGGUGCUACAUGUAUUGCUGAGGCAAUCAAAGUGAACAAGACGCUAAUCAAUUUGAAUUUGUCUCACAAUCGUAUUAGUGAAUCGGGUGCUACAUGUAUUGCUGAGGCAAUCAAAGUGAACAAGAUGCUAACCAAUUUGGAUUUGUCUGGGAAUCGUAUUAGUGAAUCGGGUGCUACAUGUAUAGCUGAGGCAAUCAAAGUGAACAAGACGCUAACCAAUUUGAAUUUGUCUGGGAAUCGUAUCAGUGAUACAGGUGCUACAUGUAUUGCUGAGGCAAUCAAAGUGAACAAGACACUAACCAAUUUGGAU